UUGAAACUGCCAGGCUUUUGCUGGGGAAAAGAGGAGCGGCGGCUCCUCUUCAGGUGAGCGGGGAGCGUCUGGUUGCGACGUUGGGGAGGUAGGAAGCCCGACUGAGGUGCAGGAAAGAAAACGUAACUGGGGUGCAGAAGGCGCAGUUAACUCGUGAAAUUGUUUAGAUUGCGUCGAACCAAAGGGCGCCGUUAUAGAUGUGCUGACCCACAACUGGGAGGCAUCAGGCUGGGAAGGAUGAUUUCCUCAUCAGGUCAACUUUUCUUUCUGGAUGUAAGCCAAUCUAUAAGAGCAAGUAUAACAAAGCCAUGGUUUUCCAGACCCUGAGCACCAACCAAUUCCUAUUACAGGAAGUACUUUAAUGUAAGAUGUCAUCAUCUGAAGAGAAAAGCGCAAGUCCUGUUCUACCAAAAGAUUCUGAUCGAGGCAGUUCUGUCUCUUCUGAUCUUCAGGAUGAAUAUGAAGAGUUGCUUCGUUAUGCAGUAGUUACCCCUAAGUUUGAGCCAAGUGGAUUACGACAAUCAGAUCACAUGGAGGUUCAUCAGAUACCUGCAGGAAAGAGUCCAGGAAUGAGUGGCUACAGGCAUGAAAGUGCAGGAGUGAAAUGGAGGUGCCAUGGAAGAACCCCAGAACUUGCAACAUCUAGUCGAACAACAAGAAUAGAAGUUUCAGCGGCAGUAAAGGAGUCAGCUCAUAUGGACAUGGAAGGACUUUGCCCAAUCCGAUCAGAAGAAACUUGUUCGCCAGGGUCCUCAUCUAGUCAAAGAGAUCUUCAAGGGACAUAUGUAACUGACAUGAGCCUUUCAGAUGAUAGAGUGACCCACAUAGAGAGCAUUCUUGAUCUGUGGAGUGGCAGCCUUAAAACUAACGUUUUGACUGAGCUGAGGAAAUGGAAACUUCGUUUUAUUGAACAUCAUACCUUAGAGAUGAGACAAGAAAGAGAAAAGCAUGCAGCCGAUGUGAGACAAUUGACUAAUCAGAUGGAGAACUUGAAGGAAUUGCUUCAUACGUAUGAGAUUUCCUUAGGGAGAAAGGAUGAGGUAAUUGCAAAUCUAACACAGGCAAUUGAGAAACAAAAGGACAGGAUAGAGUUAAUGAAAAAAUUCACAAAAUGGCGACUUCAGCAUUUUUUGGGCAAACAAAAGGCCAAAGAAGAGAUGUACGCAAAUAAACUGGCUGAUCGGCUAUAUAAAUUAGGCUUGUUGAAGAAAGCCUGGGCGAUUUGGCGAUCCCACUUUAAUACAAAAUGGAAAGAAACCAUGGAAAAAGCUGUUCAGACGAGUGUGGAAUCUAUGCGUGCUGCACUCACCAAUGAAUAUGAAGCCAAACUUCAAACGGUAAAUAGCGCACUUGAGGAGGCCAGAUCUGAAAUUAUUGAACUGCAGAACCAAAGACAAGAUUAUGAAGAUGCCAUGAAGAAGGCUUUCAUGCGGGGUGUCUGUGCACUGAAUUUAGAGGCAAUGAGCAUGUUUCAGGGCAAAGAUUUCAAACUUGACCAGGUGGGAAGUCAGCUUCAGCCUGGCCCAUCAGUUAGAUCAAGCAUAUUUCGUCAGCAACAGGAGCAAGUAAACAGUGAAGUGCGAAGUCAGCAUCAGCCUGGCCUGUCAACCAGAUCAAGCACGUUUCGUCAGCAGCAGGAGCAAAUAGACGAUGACGUGAGAAAUCAGCUUCGUUCAGGCCCAUCAACCAGAUCAAGCAUGUUUCGUCAGCAGCAGGAGCAAGUAAACGGUGAAGUGAGAAAUACGCUUCAUCCUGGCCCAUCAAACAGACCGAGCUUGUUUCGUCAGCAGCAGGAGCAAGUAAACGGUGAAGUGAGAAAUCCUGGCCCAUCAAACAAACCGAGCUUGUUUCAUCAGCAGCAGGAGCAAGUAAACAGUGAAGCGCGAAAUCAGCUUCAGCCUGGCCCAUCAGUUAGAUCAAGCAUAUUUCAGCAGCAGCAGCAGGAGCAAGUAGUAGAUGGUGAAGUGCGAAAUCAGCUUCAUCCGGGCCCAUCAAACAGAUCAAACGUGUUUCAGCAGCAGCAGGAGCAAGAAGAUGGUGAAGUGAGAAAUUCGCUUCAACCUGGCCCAUCCAACAGACCGAGCAUGUUUCGUCAGCAGCAGGAGCAAGCAAACGGUGAAGCACGAAAUCAGCUUCAGCCUGUCCCAUCAGUUAGAUCAAGCAUAUUUCAGCAACAGCAGCAGGAGCAAGUAGACGGUGAAGUGCGAAGUCAGCUUCAGCCUGGCCCCUUAGCCAGAUCGAACAUGUUUCGUCAGCAGCAGGAGCAAGAAGAUGGUGAAGUAGUUGAUCUACCAGAAAAAAGAGCAGAAUCUGGUGCUGGCACUGGUGGACCUACAGCAAAAUUUUCUUCAUUUCAGCCUAUGCCAUCUACUUCCUCACUGCCACAACCACCACCCCAUUUUGCUGCGACAACAGCAGGGUCUGCUCCUGCAGAAGACCUGUUUUCUUCUCAUCAAGGCCAUGCAGUAACAUCUCAAACCAGAUUAGACUCUGCUGCUGCAUUAACAGGCUGCGGUGCUGCCACGGGAUCAGGCACAAUGUGCAUUUCAAAACUGCCCAUGACUAGGGUGGUAACAUCAGCUCAACAAAAGCCUGGAAGGACAGUUACUGCGAAAAUUACUGGUCGUUCAGAUUUUUCAGCAAAGAAUCGUAUUUGCAGUAACUUAGAUGUCUUGGGUGUUUCGCCCCCCAUGAAUUCUGUUGUGGUGGAGAAACAUCAUCCUGUCACUCAGCAAACUAUAUCUCAAGCUGUUGCUGCUAAAUAUCCUCGAACUCUGCACCAGUCUUCUAAUGCUAUUGGCGUGAGACAUCUAGGACACAAUGGGAAAACUCCUGCCCAGACUCACAACAACAUCCAGUCAAUAAAGGUAGUGGAGUAGGUUAGCUGGUUGAAACGCCUGUACUUUAUUUUAAGCACAUGAAGAACAUUUUCCAGGUUAUUGUUUAAAAUGUGCUCCCUGGUGUUUGCAGAUUAAUGGAAUAAUAACCCAAGAUGCAUCAUGUUUGUCAUCUCAAUAAUAUUGUACAUAUAGAGAUAUUUUGAAGUGUAAAAAGUGUGCCACUGAAGAUGGCACAAUGUAGUUCUGUGUAACUGCAAAUAAGGUAUACUUGAAAUUUUUACUUUCUUACACUUAUUAUAUGUGCUUAUUUAAUGUUUUUAAUAAAAAUGAAGCAUUGAACUUGUAUAUUCUAAAAGGUAUUUCUGCUUUAUACGUGAACGUAAGCAUAGAUCAUUUUGCCACAUUCUGAAUUAUUAUCUAAAUUGUCCAUAUUGUAAUCAGACUUGAUAUUCAGAAAUUUUUUGGUUCUGCUAUAUUUUAUCUUCAGCCAUUCAUAGAACAUUACAGAGAAUUUUACUUUGUGCAACAUAAAAUUGGUUUAUUACUCUUACUCCACUAUGGAGUGGUAUAUAAAUCUAAGUAUUUAUUGCUGUUGCUGUUUACUAUAGUGGGAAUCAAGUUGUGUGUUUCCAUUAUUUACUGACAUCUCAACUCCAUCUGUACUUUCACCAAUACAAAAAUACCCCUCAGGUUGGGAGGGGGGAAAGAAUAGGAAUGCAUCAUUAGAUACUGUAAUACCCUAAAUCUAGAUGAAUAAAUAAACACCAACUUUUAUGUAAAAUAGCAGUGCUGUGAGUCUUCUCCAUACUGAAAACAAUUUUUCCCAUUACAAUUUGCAGUGAGAGCAAUGAAAAUUAGCAGUUUUAUGUUCAUGGAUUUUAUCUCUUAGCUCCAAAUACUGCUCCAUUCUUGCUAUCUCUUA